AAUCCACCCACGUCACCCCUCCCCUCCACACCACACCACACAGUCUCUACCAAAAUGACCGACCUCACCGCCCCCUCCCCCACCGCUGACACCCCCUCGCCCCUCGAAGCGCUGCAACAACGCCACCGCAAAGAGCAGCGCGACCUCGUCUCGCGCAUCACACAGAAGAAGAAACAAGCCACCAAGAAAACACGCAAAGGUGUCAACGACGAGUGCGAGACGCUCGAGCGCGAGCUCCGCGAGAGACAGGAGGGGGAGGUGCGCGAGCUGAGCGGCGAAGGGGACGCAGGGGACGAGCACGAACAAGAGGACGAAGAUGCUGCCGACGCGGACGAAAUCGCCGACAUCCAACUCAGCGCCCUGAGCCUCAACGCCCCCAGCGCCACACCCAGCCCCACGCCCGCCCCCGCGAAGAAGAAAAACCGCCAGAAAGAGCGCCUCGCCCGCCGCGCCGCCGACCAAGCCGCCGCCAUCGCCGCCGCUGAAGAAGAAGCCGCCAACGCGCCCAACCCGCGCGAACAAGAAAAAUCUGCGUUCGAACCCCUCCUCGCGGCGCGCGGACUCGCGCUGCACGAGAUCCGCGCGGACGGGCACUGUCUGUACGCCGCGGUCGCGGACCAGCUGGGCGCGCGGGGGAUGGCGCUGGUGCCGCGCGGCGCAGACGCGACGCAGGGGCUGCCGCCGUAUAAGAAAGUCCGGUAUGCGGCGGCGGGGUGGAUUGAGGCGCAUGCCGACGAGGUGGGGGGGUUCAUGGAGGACGGGGUUGCGGAGCAUGUGCGGAAGAUUCGGGAGACGGGGGAGUGGGGCGGGCAUUUGGAGUUGCUUGCGGUGGCGCGGGGGUAUGGGGUUGUGGUUUGUGUGUUGCAUGGGGAUGGGCGGGUGGAUCGGAUUCAGGGGGAGGAAGGAGAGGGGGAGGGAGACAAAAAGGAGGAGAUCUGGUUGGGGUACUUCAGGCACAGUCACGGGCUGGGCGAGCACUACAACAGUCUGCGCAAGAAGGAGGCGUGAGUGCUGCUCUACACUGUAUUGUGUGCACGCACCCUCCCCGGGCCUUGGUCUCGGUCUGCGUACUACCACGCCCCUCAGACGUGCCGCCACACACUCACGCUAUCCCUCACCACGCCCUUCACGACCCCAACAUCGUGCGUCCGCGCCGGCACGUAAUGCGCAACCCGCCUCAGCGCACCCGGCCCCUCGCCGCGCUCCGACGCAACAACCACACCCCCCUCGUCAUACGCGAUCUCGGCGCCCGGCUGCUUGAGCAGCUC